AUGCUUCGCGGACAUGAGAUGUGUGCUUCUUGCAUCUUCGUUGCUUCAUGCUCCGGUGCUAUGUUUGCGCAGGGAAGCUUGCAGCUGAUGGCUGCCUUGCUGAAGCUGGCGCCGAGGAUUUUCGUGGAGCUGCCAGACCAGCCAUGGCUGCAACAUGUCUACGACCAUUUCGGCACUGCGAGGGUGUUCUUGCAAGCUGCGACAAAGCUAACUGGAAAGCAAUGGAACUUUCUCGGGCCUUUGGUCAUGUCGGAAUGGUACGGAAGGCGUGAGCUGUGGCUGCUGGAAGAGGAGCCGCCUUUGGCUGCCCCGAUUCUCUCAGCUCCAGGCUGUUUGCGGGAGGCCGUUUUCCCGUGCUUGCUUCCUGCCGUGGGUGGACGCACGAUCGCUGCUGAGCCGGCAAAGCUCGAGGUCAGCGAUGAGUUGAAGUUUUUCUGGCACCGGCCGUCGUGGGCGGCUGUGGAAGAGCAGAGUGCGGACCCAGAAACAGUUCGGAUUUUCCUGAACGGCUGCUUCGACCUCAUGCAUGUCGGCCACUUCAACGCCCUCAGACAGGCGAAGCGCCUCUUUUUUCAGCAAGGGUACAAGAAGGUGGUUAUGCUUGCCGGGAUUCACUCUGAUGAAGCCAUUACUCGACAGAAAGGCCCUCCUAUGAUGUCGGACAAUGAAAGAGUUGCAGUGUUGGAGGCCACGAAGUGGGUGGAUGAGUUCGUGACACAUUUGCCCUAUGUCUCUAUGUCUUCACAAAUGGCAGAUGCCCUGCGAGUAAGAUGGAUAUGCCAUGGUGAUGAUAUGCCAAUCUGCAAAGAUGGCGAUGGCAUGUACAGCGAUGCCAUUGAACAUGGCCGCUUUCAAAUGCUGAAGCGCACUGAGGGCAUUUCUACGACUCAGAUCAUCGAGCGUCUCCUUCGGCAGCAAGGCCUGGGAUCCGGCUGUGAGGCGGAGGCCAUGGAAACAGCCUUGGCCACAACGCAGCGCCUUGGACAAUUUGCAGCUCCUGCAGAUCCAGAGCAGGGAGUGAAGCUGCUCACCUCGGCCAAGCAUGUGGUCUAUGUGCCAGGGAUCUUCGACCUUGUGCACCCGGGCCAUGUCAGCAUCCUUCAGCAUGCCGCGAAGCUUGGAGACUAUCUGCUUGUGGGCCUCUAUUCCGACGAGACAGUACGCCAACACAGGGGCACACCGCCUGUGCUGACAAUGUUGGAGCGAGCCAUGGCUGUGCCGACCUCAGAACACACACACACAGACACCUUGGAUCUGAGUUUUCUGUGA